UAGCAACAGAGCAAUGGAUACGGACUAUCUGCAAUGUACGGUGGGUGAAGCCCUGGCUCAAGGUCUGGCAGAAGUGGCGAUUAAAAAACCUGUCGAUCCUAUUGAAUACCUUGGCUCUUGGCUACUGAGAUACAAAGCCAACACUGAAUCAGCGUCCGCGGCCAAAACUGAAUCUGAUCAACUCUUGAUAGCUCUAGAGAAUGUAGAUCGACAAGAGGAGCAGUCCAGAUUAUUAGCAGACGAAGAAACGGCGCUCGUCUCUGCUGCUAGAGAGAGUGCGGAUGUGGAAGAGGAAAAGGAAGUCGCCGCUGACCAGUUUGAUGAAAUCAAGCCGGAUAAGGAAACAUUGAGUAAGGAGACCAACGAAGUGACAUCGAGUAAGGAGACCAACGAAGUGACUGAACCUGCCACUGAAAAACUUUCUACAAUUCCUAAGAGUGAUGUUGUUGCUCAAAGUGCUCCUAUAACUGAUGAAGAGAAGGCAGCAAUUGCAGCAACAGCUGCUGCAGCUGUGGAGUCGACAAAUGCAGACACACACAACAAUACUGAAGAUCAGGACAAAGAUGAAGACCAAACGGCUUCAGUGACUACUGCAGAAGUAGGCAAGGAUGUAGAGUAGAAAAUAAACGUGAUUUGUGAUUAUGUGAUAAUAGAAGCAUUUUUACUACAGCAGAAACUGGUGUUGUCAUGACAAUAUUUUAAUCUCGGAAGUUUCUAAUAAGCAUCAAUGAUAUUGCCAUUACUUGCCAGGCUGUACUGUUCAGCUUAGAAAUAGUUAUGUAUCUGUAUAAAUGUAAGCUAGCUAUGCUAUGUUUGUGAA